UCCACACGUAUCUUAUUUCCCACACACGCACCCUCACCUUCAUCCACACACACACACACAUACACUCACAAAAAACGCUUCAAACGAUUAUACAUACUAAGCAACCAUUAAAAAAAGGAAAAGCAUUGCUUUAUUUCUUUCUACAACCUUUGCCGCUGUAUCUACGCAGCCGCACUCACUUUCAACCCCCCUCGCACAACGUUGUCGACUCGGCCGGUCUCAUUGUUUCAUAACCGCAAUAAUACCGCAAAGCUCGGCAUACACCAAGGAUUGACUACAUACCAUACAUCCGCCACACUGCCUUCUCCAACUAACAAGACGGCACACCUUCAACCUCCAACAUCGACAUUACCACGACACCGAUAUCUUCACUCGACACAUCAUAGAUAAUGUCUUCAUACUACCAGUUCAACCACCACCAGGCGCAUCCCACCCCGGCCGUUCCCGGCGCAUCCCACAACCACCAUGGCGGUCGCAAUCGUAGAGCCCCUAGGCUUUCCGUCUCCCAGAACCAGCAUAAGCAGUUUCGCGGUGUACGCAGCAUGAAGGAGCUGACUGAGUCUGCCACUAUCAACGCUUUUCGCACAAAGUUCGAGGCUGGCCGCUCUUUCGACCUCGAGGAUGACAUGGAGUUCUGCCCCGGCUUGUUGACCGACAGCGACAUGAACUCCAUCCACAGCUCUUCCGAGCGUUCCUCCUUGGCUAGCAACUCUCCCGAGUCGUCGCCGACCCAGCAGCCCCAGACCGUUGCUCCUGGCUUCUCUCUCAACUCGUCUUCUCCCGCCUUCAUCCCUCCCGCGUACCAGCAGUCCAGCCUGAAGCUUCACCAGCCUUCCGCCACCCGCGCCCGCAAUGCCAUUCCUAUCGUCAACCCGGCUACCGGCAUCACUAUGUCGAGCCCGCCGCCUUCGGUGUCCCCUGCCAGGAUGCAGCAGGGUAUCCGCAGAUGGUGAAGCGCCGAUUCUGCUCUCACACCAGAGGGCCGG